GAGCCGUGGUUAUAGCAGCUUCCUUUUACAGCUUUCAGAGGCAGAGAAUGAACAAGUAAAAGAAAGGACUUAAAAGUACGCACCAUGAAAAGAUGAAAAUGGCGAGAAAUAAAAACUGAGUCUACUUUAGUUUGCUGGAAUAUAGUUUGAGAGCAGAUGCGCAACUCUUGAGUCUCAGACUCUUGUGUGAGAAACAGGAUGCCAAGUUAUCAACCUUGGUGCCAUGGUAAUAUAACUCGAUCCAAAGCUGAGGAUCUACUCUCCAAAGCAGCAAGAGAUGGAAGCUUCCUUAUCCGGGCCAGUGAGUCCAUACAGGGAGCGUAUGCCCUCUGUGUUUUGUUCCAGAACUGUGUGUACACAUACAGAAUCCUGCCAAAUGAGGAUAAGAAGCUCUCUGUACAGGCAUCUGAAGGAGUUCCCAUCAGGUUCUUCUCUAUGCUGCCUGAGCUGGUGGAGGCAUAUUACAGUCCCAACAUGGGGCUGGUCACACACUUGCAGUACCCUGUCCAAAGAGAGGAGGAGGUAGACGAGGAGCCAGAAUCCAAUAUUCUUCCACCGCAGCUUCCACCCAGGAAUUUUGAUGUGAAAGACAGUGAACAGCCCUGCAAGAACUUAUCAGACACCUUCCUGAUGAGACUGCAGAAUAUGGACUUGUCCACAAUACCUGAGGAGCAUCAAAUGGCUAUCCAGGACUACUUCAGGAACUUAGUCUGCUCGGACGCUGAACAUCUACAGAAUGGUUAUCCUUACCUCCCCGGGCUAAAGAAGCUAACACAGGCAAUCUGCAAAAAUCUCAACAGUGAAAUUUCCCGCAUCUUGCCAGCCCUGGAGGUCUUUCACAGAGUGCUGGACCAACAGCUCUCCCCAGGGAUUGGACAAUUUACAAAACAAAUGUCUACAGAUGCUAGUCAAUCUUUUUCCUCAAGGCUUGAGCACCUGACAAAACUGCUCUACUCAAUAGAAGAUAAGGCUAGAAGUUCUAUGUUUGAGUCUGUUGGAUUUGAAGGCGGCCACAGGAAUUCUCUCAUACCUGUUGUUACGUUCGAGGUCAAGCAAGAUUCUCUGGGUAUUUCCACCAAGAUGUUCCUGAAAGUGGAUGUUGAAAGUGGGAAGCUCUACUUCAAGAAGUCCAAAGAUGGGCCUGAAGACAAAUACUUUGUACACAACAAAAUCCUGCAGUUGGUGAAAUCCCAGAAACUGCUCGGAAAACUUCACAUCAUGGUGGAGACAGAGAAAGAGAAGAUUUUGCGAAAAGAGUUUGUGUUUGAUAACACAAAGAAAAGAGAGGGAUUUUGCCAACUACUUCAACAAAUGAAAAACAAACACUCUGAAAAGCCUGAACCAGACAUGAUCACAGUGUUUGUUGGCACCUGGAACAUGGGAAAUGCCGGCCCUCCCCACAACUUCAACUCCUGGUUUCAGUGUAAGGGCCAAGGGAAGACACAAGAUGACACCGCAGAUCACAUCCCGCAUGAUUUUUAUGUCAUCGGCACCCAGGAGGAUCCUUUGGGCGAGAGGGAGUGGGCAGAUACAGUGAAAGGUGUCCUGAGGAACAUUACAAACAUCAGCUUUAAACAGGUGGCGAUCCACACUCUGUGGAACAUUCGGAUUGUGGUCCUGGCCAAACCGGAGCACGAUAACAGGAUCUCCCACAUUUUUACAGACAGUGUGAAGACGGGGAUCGCCAACACUCUGGGAAACAAGGGAGCAGUGGGGGUGUCCUUCAUGUUCAACGGUACAUCUUUUGGCUUUGUCAACAGUCACCUGACCUCUGGAAGUGAGAAGAAGCUCAGACGCAAUCAAAACUACACCAACAUCCUGCGAUUUCUGAACCUUACAGAUAAGAAGCUCAAUCCAUUUGACAUCACACAUCAGUUCACACACCUCUUCUGGUUUGGUGAUUUGAACUACCGUGUUGAAUUGCCUUCUUCAGAUGCUGAGAACAUUGUGACAAAGAUCAAACAGCAGCAAUACCAGGAACUCCUCGGUAAAGACCAGCUCUCUAUGGAGAGGAAUGAUGGGAAGGUCUUUUUGCAUUUCGAUGAAGAGGAAAUCACGUUUGCACCCACAUAUCGCUUUGAAAGAGACACGCGAGAGAAGUAUGCCUACACAAAGGCCAAAGCCACAGGGACAAAAUACAACUUGCCCUCAUGGUGUGAUCGUGUCCUGCGGAAGUCAUACCCUCUGGUUCAUGUUGUCUGCCAAGCAUAUGGGUGCACUAAUGACAUCAUGACAAGUGACCACUCACCGGUAUUUGCCUCGUUUGAAGUGGGAGUAGCCUCACAGUUUGUCUCCAAGCAAGAUCCAAACAGUGCACCUCAAGGCGGGAUACAGAUAAUGAACUGUGUGGCUACCUUGUUGACAAAAUCAAAGACCAAGUUCUUCAUCGAAUACCAUUCCAGCUGCUUGGAGAAAACAGUCAAGACUUCAGAGGGAGAGAACAUAGAGCACCCAGAGGGGUCAAUAAAAGUUCGGUUCAGCAACCAAGUUAAGCUCAUCCCUAUCAUCUCUGACCCUGAGUACCUUUUGGACCAGCACAUCCUCAUCUGCGUGAAGUCGACAGACUGCGACGAAUCAUACGGAGAGGGUUGUGUUGCGCUGCGAGCUGCCCAGUUCUGCCACACGGAGUUUCAUAUCACACUGACUCACCACGGAGAGAAGACAGGCACCCUGACGGGCGGCAUCCAGCUAGACACCUCAGAGGGCAAGCCCACUGAGAAGUUAUAUGAUUUCAUCAAAAUUGAAAGAGAUGACACUGUCACAACAAAAGGCAAAGGCGCUGACCUAAACAAGUUUUCCAUCACCCAAGCUCAUGAUAUCUCCAACCCCAAUUACAUGGGAGUGUCCUUCCAAAGGGGCAAUGUGAUAGAUAAAGGUUGGAGUUACAGCAUGCCACCAAAAAAUAUUCCAACUGCUGGGCAAGGGAGUAAAGAAUCCAAGAAAGGUGGUUAUGAUGUGGGAACACGCAGUCCCACAGGAAAAUCUUCAAAUCCUAUGGGUGAGGGCGAAAAGGUGUCAGAGAUGUUUGACAAUCCGUUAUACGGUUCAAUGGGAAAAACACAUGGUUGGGGCAAGGACCAAGACCAUCAGCAAAAGGACCACCCUCCACCACAGGCAGCAGACGGAGACGCUGAUCGCCCCCCAUUGCCCACUCCACGCAACCGCUCCUACACCUGCUCCGAGACCAAACCUCAGCCUCCUACCCCCAUCGCCAUGUAUCCCUCAACGCACAAGAAACCAGUGGUACCCUCGCGCUCGGAAGGCGGGGUGGCCCUUAACCGACCUCCUUUACCUUCCAAGUCGCGGCCGGGUGUGCCAGAGCCCCAGACCACCAAACCCAGAGACUACAGAGACAGCUCUGAACUCCCCAGCAAACAGAGACCGCCAGCAAGACCUGGCCAGCCUCUGCCUCACAAAGACAUGGGCCGUUCUGUGAAGUGAGACCAGGCUGCAAUGAUGGUCAGCACUGACUGUACAGCUUCCUGCUCUGCAUUUUUGGAAAGAUAAUAGAAAGAAAUUCCUUCAGCCAGUCACUUGUCUGUGUGCUUUACCACGCUACAGCCAGUUAUCAUAGCUUAGCAGAAAGACUGGGAAAGAGCUAAGCUAACUGUUUCCUGCCUGUAGCUACAUAUAAUCUUCAUCAUCUAAUUCUCUGCAAGCAAGCAAAAAAGUGUAUUUUACAAAAUGUCAAACUUUUCAUAACUUCAGACUUCUGCUAAGCUUGCAUUACAAAGUAGGUUUGAAAUUAAACUCUUAUAAAUAAUUAUGUUAUAUUCUGUUUUACACUAUACAUUAGCUGAUGAAUGUUUUCACCGCACAGUAUUAUCUUGCACGGAUAUUGUCAUGUUUAUCUUGAAGGUGUACAAUAAAUGCUCAAAUAAAUUUAAAUAUCAGCUUGAUUAGACUUUGUUAUUUCAGAUUAUUGUGACAAUCAUUACCUGUGAAACUGUAAAUAAAAAGUCUGCAGUAGA